AUCGCGUUUCCUUUGGUUCAUCUUUCGUUUGUCAUUACACUGCAGGGCAGUCAACAUGUCUAGCAUCUCCAGAACCGCCAACCUCCUCUUCCGCGCCAGCAGGGCCUCCCUGCUUCGCCCUCGCGCUGUCAACCCCGUUCAGCAUGUUUUGGGUAAAGACAGACUGGCUGCCCGUGGUAUGGCAACUGCCUUCGAGCGCUCUAAGCCUCACGUCAACAUUGGUACCAUUGGUCACGUCGAUCACGGCAAGACCACCUUGACUGCCGCCAUCACCAAGCACCAGGCUUCUAAGGGCCUCGCUCAGUUCCUUGAGUAUGGUGCCAUUGACAAGGCCCCUGAGGAGCGUAAGCGUGGUAUCACCAUCUCGACUGCCCACAUUGAGUUCUCCACCGAUGAGAGGCACUAUGCUCACGUCGACUGCCCCGGUCACGCCGAUUACAUUAAGAACAUGAUCACUGGUGCUGCUAACAUGGACGGUGCUAUUGUUGUCGUCGCUGCUUCGGAUGGUCAGAUGCCCCAGACCCGUGAGCACUUGCUGCUCGCCCGUCAGGUCGGUGUCCAGAAGAUCGUCGUUUUCGUCAACAAGAUUGAUGCUGUUGAGGACCCUGAGAUGUUGGAGCUUGUCGAGUUGGAAAUGCGUGAGCUCCUCAGCAGCUACGGCUUCGAGGGUGAAGAGACUCCCAUCAUCUUCGGUUCUGCUCUGUGUGCUUUGGAGGACCGUCGCCCCGAUAUUGGUGCCGAGCGUAUCGACGAGCUCAUGAAGGCUGUCGACACCUGGAUCCCUACCCCUCAGCGUGAUCUUGACAAGCCUUUCCUCAUGUCUGUUGAGGAAGUCUUCUCCAUUGCCGGUCGUGGUACCGUUGCCUCCGGCCGUGUCGAGCGUGGUAUCCUGAAGAAGGAUAGCGAAGUCGAGAUCAUCGGAGGUAGCUUCGAUGCCACCAAGACCAAGGUCACCGACAUUGAGACCUUCAAGAAGUCUUGUGACGAGUCUCGCGCUGGUGACAACUCCGGUCUGCUUCUCCGUGGUAUCCGUCGUGAGGACGUCAGGCGCGGUAUGAUCAUUGCUGCUCCUGGCAGCACCAAGGCCCAUGACAAGUUCAUGGUGUCCAUGUACGUUCUGACUGAGGCUGAGGGUGGCCGUCGUACUGGCUUCGGCGCCAACUACCGCCCCCAGGUGUUCGUUCGCACUGCUGACGAGGCUGCUGACCUCAGCUUCCCCGACGGUGAUGAAUCCCGGAGAGUGAUGCCCGGUGAUAACGUUGAGAUGAUCCUCAAGACUCACCGCCCCAUUGCUGCUGAGGCUGGCCAGCGCUUCAACAUCCGUGAGGGUGGCCGUACCGUUGCCACUGGUCUCGUUACCCGUGUCAUGGACGGAAAAUAA